AAAAAAAUAGGGGAAAAAAAUCCGACCCGGAUCAUCAGAACCAUGAGAGGCGCGAUGAAGAAGUUGAUAUGCUGCGGAUCCAAGAGCUUCGGUGAAGGAAAUGCAAAGACAUUACCCGAAGAAGGUAGAGUUCGUGUUUAUGUCGGGAACGACAGAGAGACGCAAUGCAAGUUAGAGAUGGAAGCCAACUUCUUGAACCACCCUUUGUUCGAGGAAAUGCUUCGUUUGUCGGAAGAAGAGUUCGGAUUCUCGUACGACGGCGCGUUGAGGAUCGCUUGCGAUGUCGAUGUUUUCAUGCAUUUGAUUCAUCUCCUCAAAUCGAGUGACCCUUCGGCCCAUUACAUGGAUCUUCAUGAUCUUCUCUCCAAGUUCCACACGCAGAGUAACAAUGGCGAUGUUGGAUCGAGCAAUGCAGCGAGGAGAAGAAGAAGGUAGCCUCUUGUGAAGGACAAUGCGUGUGUUUUCUAUCAUCACACAUGCAUACAUACACACAUGCAUAUACACACACGU